AGGCCCCGCCUCGGAGAGCGAAGCGCUGCACCAGCCGGGAAGAGCCGAGCUGGGGAAGAAAUUCGCCGGGGGUCCUGCUCUCCCUCUGGUGGGGGCACGGACCGAGUCCUCCGGCCGAAGCCGCUCGCGGAUGGAGGGUGUAUAGAGGAAGAGCCGCAAUGAAAAGAUGAAGCCUGGGAAGUGGUAAAAAGCUCAGAAGGGAAGAUGGACUCUGGUGUCCGCCUCACCUAAAGUCUUCCACCUGAAAGCAUUUUCAGUUACCAAGUGAGAGCCAAGAAGACAUGUGUGCAUAGACACAACCAUGGAAGGAGCCAACAGCCCCGAUCUGCAGCUCCAGCAACUCCCACCCACCAGCAUGACUGUCUCGGUCAAUGAAGUUUCUUUCUCUUACAAGGAGAACCUGAUCGGCGCACUGCUGGCUAUUUUUGGACAUCUCGUCGUCAGCAUAGCCCUCAAUCUCCAGAAAUACAGCCACAUCCGGCUGGCGGGUUCUAAGGACCCCCGUGCCUACUUCAAGACCAAGACUUGGUGGCUUGGCCUGUUCCUGAUGCUGCUGGGAGAAGUGGGAGUGUUCUCGUCCUACGCCUUCGCGCCUCUCUCCCUGAUCGUGCCCCUCAGCGCAGUCUCAGUCAUUGCCAGUGCCAUAAUAGGGAUCAUAUUCAUCAAAGAAAAAUGGAAGCCCAAGGAUUUUCUGAGGCGCUAUGUUUUGUCUUUUGUAGGUUGUGGCUUGGCCAUCAUCGGCACUUACUUGCUGGUCACGUUUGGACCCAACAGUCAUGAAAAGAUGACGGGAGAGAAUAUCACCAAACACCUAGUGAGCUGGCCGUUUCUUUUAUAUAUGCUGGUGGAGAUCAUUGUGUUCUGCUCACUGCUCUAUUUCUACAAGGAGAAAAACGUCAACUACAUAGUUGUGAUCCUCCUCCUGGUCGCUCUUCUUGGUUCCAUGACAGUGGUGACUGUCAAAGCUGUGGCAGGAAUGCUCGUCUUAUCGAUUCAAGGGAACCUCCAGCUUGACUACCCCAUCUUCUACGUGAUGCUGGUGUGCAUGAUCGCCACGGCUGUCUAUCAAGCUGCCUUCUUAAGCCAGGCCACGCAGCUCUACGAUUCCUCCUUGAUUGCCAGUGUGGGCUACAUUCUGUCUACAACCGUCGCAAUCACAGCAGGAGCAACAUUUUACUUGGAUUUCAUUGGGGAGGAUGCUCUUCACAUAUGUAUGUUUGCACUUGGCUGCCUCGUUGCCUUCUUGGGAGUCUUCCUGAUCACAAGGAACAGAAGGAAGGCCGUUCCAUUUGAACCCUACAUUUCCAUGGACGCCAUGCCAGGUAUGCAGAAUAUACACGACAAAGGAAUGACCGUUCAACCUGACCUUAAAGCUUCCUUUUCCUAUGGCGCCCUGGAGAACAAUGACAAUGUUUCUGAGAUCUACACUCCUGCCACACUGCCCGUCAUGCAAGAGGAACAUGGCUCCAGAGCCAUCUCUGCGCCUCCUUACCGAGUCCUGGAACACACAAGGAGGGAAUGAGUAAGCCCCUGAAAAGAGACUGAAAUCCAGCCUUGCGCCUGCCUGGGAGGAAUUUGUUUAUUUAUUACCUGGGCUUUCCAGUCUGUUAGAGCUGAGCUGACCAUGGCUUAAGACUCUGGGCUUAAACUUGCUUUUCCAAUUUUGGGGGUUUUUUUGGUUUUUCAACUAGAGAACUCAGCAGAGCUGGGAACUCAGAAGUCAUUUGUCUUAAACCUACAGCAAAUCAUAUCAGUCUUCUAUGUUUGAACUGUUGCAUAGAAAAAAGGCAAAAACAACAACAAUAACAAAAAAAACACCUAAACACAGUAUUUUGGGUAUGCAAUAAGGAACACACUCCAGCCAUGUGUUUUGUAGGAUCUCUCAUCUUACAUGAUGGUUACGUAUCUGCCUAAAUAAAUGGUGAAAGAUUCCUGAGUUCUACUUACUUCCAGUGCAUAGCAUAAUGGCUAGCACAUAGUAGGUGCUUAAUAAAUGUUGAUUGAUUGGAAAGUGAACAGAAGCCUCUUGACUGAGGUUGAGACAUGCAAUGAAGUGUUAGACCUCUGGGGCUGAGAUCCUUACUUUUAGUCUCCAAAUAUCCCUCUCAAUUAUCCAUUUGUGAUCAGUUUUGUAUAAUGACAGCUUACCACGGGCUGGCACACUGGGUAAAAUCUUCAAUUGGGUGGUCUGUAAUUUAUGUAGAACGCAAGAUGGGUGACAGGUUAGUGGACCCAACAGUGUGUUCCUAGAGUCACAAAUACUCCCUCCAAGCAAGACGGGUGUCUCUAAAUUUGGAUCUAGUAUCCACCUGGAUCUGAAACUUACUUUGUGCCACAAAUAGCUUUAUGAUUUUUUUUCCCAAAUUUAGGAGCUGGGAAGUCAACAGCUGAGCAAUAGCUUUGCCAUAGCUAGAUGUCAGAGAGAAAGUUCGUUGAUAAGAUGAAUCAGCUAGCUGUGUGACCCUUGGCAAGUCACUUAACCCCAAUUGCCCU